AGUUCCUAUUGAAAUUAAUCUUUCUUUGAGGAUAUCACUAUAAAUCCUCCAUCUACUUGAUUAUCUCAAGCCACAUUAUGAAAGCGACAGACAAGAUUCUUAAAAAGAAAAAUAGAUAAAGUUGGCUAGUUAUAAUGAAAUUCGAUAUUCAUUGCAGCAAGGCAUAUUACAUGGAAAAAACAUACUACAGGAAUGCAUCAUCGAUUUCAAAUUCUUGCAAGGCACUGGCCAUUCUUGCUGGGCAUACAACACAAGUUGCCGAGAUGGCUUUUGACUAUGGAAAGAAUCUGGGAUUGGCGUUUCAAUUGAUAGACGAUGUUCUUGAUUUUUCGGGCACAUCAUCAACAUCUCUUGGAAAGGGCUCAUUAUCUGACAUCCGUCAUGGCAUUAUCACUGCUCCAAUAUUGUUUGCCCUGGAAGAGUUCCCUCAGUUGGGUGCAGUUGUUGAAAAAGGAUUUGACAAUCCUGCAAAUAUGGAGAUCGCUCUUGACUACCUUGCUAAGACUAAUGGUAUACAGAGGACAAGGGAUCUAGCAAGAAAGCAUGCAAACCUUGCUGCAAAGGCAAUCAAAUCUCUGCCUGAGAGUGAGGAUGAAAGCAUAAGAAGAUCAAGGAUGGCGCUCCGAGAUCUCACCAACAUAGUCCUCACACGAACCAAGUGAGAAAAUGUACACCAUAAAUAACAUAUGGGUCUGAAAUUCAACGCGUAUGUGUACACACACAAGGCUAUGAAAAUUGUCGUGCUAAUUAAUACAUCUUUUGGAAGUUGGUUAUGACGUCUUUUGUAUCUUAGGAGUUGAUGUUAUUGCUAGAAAAAGUUGCUUGUGAUGCAUUGAUUCACUUCUUUCUACUCUUUUUUGGAUUUCAUUAAAUUGAGUAUACUUGGAUCGACAAAUCUAAAGAAGAAAAAAAAUGUGUAAGAUCGGAGAAAAUACUAAAAUACUGUGAACCACUUCAAAACAUAUACA